ACCGUAUACGUAUAACAUUCAUUGAUAUAGCGAUAUCAGUCGGUCGCGCACGGCCAAAGGGACAACAUGGCGUUUGAAAAUAAAGUAGUUUUGAUCACUGGCGCGGGCUCCGGAAUAGGAGAAGCUACCGCCAAACUCUUCGCUAAGGAAGGAGCUGAUGUGGUAGUUGUGGACAUAAACGAAGACAGAGCUCACAACACGGCUGACCAGUGCAGAGAAUAUGGCAAGAAAGUACUCGCGAUCCCUGCUGAUAUCUCGAAACCCGAAGAAAUUGAGAAGGUUAUGAAAAAAACCAUCGACAGAUUCGGAAAGCUAGAUGUUCUCGUUAACAACGCUGCUAAGUUGGCAGCAGUGAAGAUACUCGAUGGAACAAUCAUGAAAAAUUUCGAUGAAAUAGUCAAUACCAAUCUCCGAGCAGUUGUGCAUUUUACAACUUUAGCUGCUCCUUAUUUGGUUGAGACUAAAGGAUGUAUUGUGAAUACUUCAAGCGUGGGCAGUGUCUCGGUGAGAAGUGGACCUCUGUUCUCAUCGUAUUGUGCUACAAAGGCCGCUGUGGAUUCUUUCACUAAAUCAGCUGCUUUAGAACUUGGAGAAGUGGGCGUUCGAGUCAAUGCUGUCAACCCUGGGCCUGUUCGUACCAACUUCCUGAAUAAUUCUGGCGUUCCUAUCGAGUGGGAACAUUUUGCUGCAGCCACAAUUCUCAACAGGUGCUCUCAACCGAAUGAGGUGGCUAACUUAAUUGUGUAUUUAGCAAGUGACAAAGCAGUUGGUAUUACAGGAGCAUGUUACCUCAUUGACAAUGGACAAUCCAUUAAAUAAUGUGUGAUAUAGAAAUGUAAGAAUUUUUGCUUUGUAUAAACUAAGUGAGUAUUUUUAUAAAUUAAAUUGGACUUUAUGAUAUAGAA